AUGACCUCACCCGAUGGAGAAGACAAACAGUGCAAAUUCCCCGUUCCUUCCUUGUCGACCUCGUUCUCGUCAAGACAAGCCCCAGUGCCGAUCCAGGCGACAAGCGGGAAUGUGCAAGAUCUUCGACGGGUGGAUAAUCCAGCCUCACUACCAGGACCAGGGCAGUCCAUGAUCGCAUCCGCGCUCCAGGAAAAUCUUGGUCGCUCGCCUCCAAGGCUCGGAACCCCACCAAGACGGACUGAAUCUCCUGCAUUGCUGAGCCAGCCAGUCAGAUCAAAUUAUGGCUCGUUUGACAACAAGCUCGGAAGGGAAGGUUCGAUACAUUCGACUGCCCCAUUUGAGGACCCCGAGGUCGUGAGGAGGCAUUUGGUACAGCCGCAAAAUGUUGCUGAUUCCAAUAACAUUGGCGACGUCGCGAGUAAUGCCGAUGAGGAUUUCUCUAGCUUGCAAUUGCAGGGAGGAGACAUUACGAGACAGGUCUACAGAUGGGCAGAGGACGCGGAAUCUGGAAGUUCCGUCCGGAAGCCUCUCCGCAGCAAGAGUUUCAGUCUCAGCAGACCUACCCCAGAACAGGAAACAAUGGACAUCAAUUCCAUUCGCAUACCAGGAGGUUUCAGGAGGGACUUCAUACGCAGGACAGUUGGCAGCCCGCAUCCUGAAAACUCCAACAGCCGUGUCCGGGCGCCAACAACGCACAACCCACUCCAUACCAGUAGCUUUCUGGAGUUUCUGACUUUGUACGGUCACUUCGCUGGUGAGGAGCUGGAGGAUGACGAUGAGGUGCUGGGGCCUGAUGAGUACUUCUCCUCUGAGCCAUGGGACGAAACAGAAGACAGGGAACCAGGUGAAGAAUCGGCUCUCCUCCGACCCGAGACUCCUGGCCGAAGGAAGCGUAAACCGCGUGGAGGCACCGGGACCAACACUGUGACUGGAGCAGCUCUUCUUCUACUGAAAUCGUUCGUGGGCACAGGUGUUCUCUUUUUGCCAAGGGCCUUUUUGAAUGGCGGCAUGCUCUUCAGCAGCUUGGUCCUUCUUGCUGUAUCGCUACUCAGCUUCUAUUGCUUCAUUCUCCUUGUUAACACGCGAUUGAAAAUCGAAGGAUCGUUUGGUGAUAUCGGUGGUGCACUUUUCGGCAAGCACAUGCGCCGUAUCAUCCUUGGGUCUAUCGUCCUCAGCCAACUGGGCUUUGUUUCGGCAUACAUCGUCUUCACCGCUGAGAAUUUACAAGCCUUUGUUCUCGCGGUUAGCAAGUGCAAGUCAUUUAUUGACAUCAAAUUUAUGGUGCUGAUGCAGUUGGUCAUCUUUCUGCCUCUUUCGCUGAUCCGCGAUAUUGGCAAAUUGGGAUUUACUGCACUUGUUGCAGACGUUUUCAUCCUGCUGGGGCUGAUUUACCUUUAUUACUACGACGUCCAUACCAUCGUUUCACAAGGUGGUAUCUCGGAUAUCAAGGCUUUCAACCCAUCCACCUGGACUCUAUUCAUCGGAACUGCCAUUUUCACCUACGAGGGAAUCGGUUUGAUCAUCCCCAUCCAGGAGUCGAUGAAGCAACCGCACCGGUUCCCUGGUGUCCUUGCUGGUGUCAUGGUACUCAUCACGAUUGUCUUUCUUUCUGCCGGUGCCCUCAGCUAUGCCGCGUAUGGAUCCGCAACGCAAACUGUGGUCAUCCUCAACCUUCCUCAAGAUGAUAAGUUUGUCAAUGCGGUUCAAUUUCUUUAUUCUCUUGCCAUCCUGCUGAGCACACCCCUUCAACUCUUCCCUGCCAUUCGAAUUAUGGAGAACGAACUCUUCACGCGCAGUGGCAAGUAUAAUCCCGGAAUCAAAUGGAAGAAGAACUGCUUCCGUUUCUUCUUGGUCAUGAUUUGCGCAUUCGUCGCUUGGGGUGGAGCGGAUGACCUCGACAAAUUUGUUUCACUAGUCGGCAGCUUCGCCUGCGUGCCAUUGAUCUACGUGUACCCGCCUCUCCUGCAUCUCAAAGCUUGUGCUCAAUCAAGACGCCAGCAAAUCGCUGACAUUGCUCUUGCCUGCCUUGGGGUCGUUUCCUGCAUCUAUACGACAACGUUGACCAUCUACAACUGGGUCGGCGCAGAUGAUACCAAGCCGCCCGGCUACUGCGAUUCCGGAUCCGUUUAA